AAGCCGCAACGGAAGAUGCAAUAAACACAUAUUUUUUAUUGCUAAAUUGCUAAACUAGAAAAUAAAAUACCACCCAUUGUGUGUUUUUCUGUGACAUUAGAGAGCUGUCAAUGUGAGCAGUAUAUUUUACAAUUGUUUAAAAAACUGCUGAGAAGGGCGGUUUCAGAGGUAACUAGGUAAACGGAAGUAGAAACGGUAGAUUAGUUGACCUAAACAUGGCGCCUUUGCUGGAUCACAAAAUUGGCGACGCUAUGUUAUCUUCUUUACCUUGGCGAUCAAAAUCUAAUCUCUUGACAUGUUCACUCGUUUUGCUUAUUUACCUGACGUCGCAUCCAUCCUUGGCCAAGCCGAGCAGCCUCAAAGAGAUCACGGACGGAAACUGGGAAGACAUCUUGGCAGGGGAAUGGAUGAUUGAAUUUUUUGCCCCGUGGUGUCCGGCGUGCCAACAGCUCCAGCCCGUGUGGAAUGAGUUUGCCGACUGGGGUGAGGACAUGGGCGUCAACAUAGCGAAGGUGGACGUUACAGAACAGCCUGGUUUGAGCGGGCGAUUCAUCAUCACUUCACUUCCGACCAUCUACCACUGUAAGGAUGGUGUGUUCAGGAGGUACCAGGGGGCUCGCACCAAAGAUGACUUGCUAAGCUUUAUUGAUGAGAAGAAAUGGCAGGGCAUUGAGCCCGUGUCUUCCUGGUUUGGACCAUCUUCCUUCAUGAUGAACACAAUGUCCGCUCUCUUCAAGCUGUCAAUGUUCAUUCGGCGUUGCCAUAACUACCUGAUAGAGCAUUUGGGGAUUCCAGUUUGGGGCUCAUAUGUCAUCUUUGGACUGGCCACUCUCUUCUCUGGCCUAGUCCUAGGACUGAUACUGGUGUUCAUUGCAGAUUUUGUCUUCCCAUCACGACGAUAUAACUCCCCAAACUACUACCAGAAGAAACAGACAAUGGAACAAGCCAGGCUGAUUCAGCAGCUGGAGGAGGAGCAGGAGGCGGACGGAGAAGAGGAUGAUGAGGACGAUGAAGAUGGAGAACAGGACGAUGUCUGGAGGAGGAGGAGAGCGUCUCCCGAGGGGCGUCCAGAGGAGGUGCUGCGAAAAAGGGUGGUGGGCAACCGCGAGGACCAGGAUGAGGACUCCUAGAGGCCAGGAGGGGAACUGAAGAUGCCCCUUCAAACAUCGAGGAAGGGGAGGGGGCCUGGUUUGGGGCCUAAGCUCAUUUUUAUAAAGUGCCUCAGAAUAGGAGUACUGAUCUAGGAUUUUUAGAUCAUGAUAACUAAGAUGCCAUGGACAGGUGGAACUGAUCCCAGAUCAGCACUCCCAUUCUGCGGUGCUUUAUGAACACGGGACCUGGUCCUGAGCAGCAGUAGAGUUUACAGCUUACAGAGCCAUAGCAACACGCUGGCAAGGCCUCGGCGACGCCUUGCUUCUUCUCCCUUCAGCUUCACCAGGAGCGCCCCGUAUUCUGACCGCUCUGCUCUCACCACCAGCACCCUCCCCUGGACUGGAGGUGCUACUGCACACUCCCAACACCAUUAUCAUGUUCUUUAGGCAUCAAAUGAAGGAAACAGACUGGAACAGGAAAAUUUGUCCCUAAUGAACAAAAAUUGUCCCUAAUGAACACAAACCUGUUCAUCCUUGUUCUUUUGAAACGGAUCAAUUGGGUGGUUAGGUGAGGUUUCAAGGAAAAUUCCACCCCAAUUUUAGUCCAUUGUUGACAUAGUCCCAAAAUAUGUGUAACUUUCAAAAUCCAGAAAUCAUCCCCGUGUGAUGCAUUUUGCCUCAUAUGAUACAAACUGCAUCAUGCGGGGAUGAUUGCUGUAUUUUCAAAGUUGCGUAUCUUGAAAACUUGAGUGCUGACAAGCAAAAACCUUUUUGUGACUAUGUCAGCAAUGGACUAAUGAAACAAAUCCCUUUGGAUCGUGUUUGGGUGGAGUUUACCUGACGGUAUGGAGGGCACUAGAACAGGAUCGUUUUACCACUUUGUGUGCUAUGCAUUUCUUAGGUUUUUAUUGUAUUCCUCAUUAAUCCCUGUUCAACAAAUUAUAUACAGCUCUUGAUCAUUAUUUCAUUGUACACUGUGUGUCCAAAACAUUAAGAACACCUUCCUAAUAUUGAGUUGCACCCCCUUUUGCCCUCAGAACAGCCUCAUUUGGUCAGAGUGUGAACUCUACAAGGUGUUGAAAGCAUUCCACAGGGAUGCUGGCCCAUG